AACUCUCAGUCCUGUCAGCGUGGGCGGGGCUGAAGUUGCCUUGGUAACCAGAGGUGGAGCAGGUUCUAAGUUAUAAGUCGUGGCGGCUGUAAGUAAUUCUUCCUCGAAGUCUUUGGAUCAUAUUGCGACUUGCUCUGCUCCGCUUCACCACCAGAACCUCAAAACUACCUUCAGCUUGAAAGAAUACACUUGAACGAUGUGCGGAAUUUUCGCCUACCUGAAUUACAGAGUGCCACGGACGAGGAGGGAUAUCAUUCAGACCCUCAUAAAGGGACUUCAAAGGCUGGAGUACAGGGGUUAUGACUCUGCAGGUGUUGCAGUAGAUGGCCCAGGAAAAGAUCACGCAGCUAAUAUCAGCCUCUAUAAGAAGACGGGGAAGGUGAAAGCUCUUGAUGAAGAGAUCUACAAGAACAACUCCAUCGAAUUUGAGGCGGAACUAGACACACACUUUGGCAUUGCACACACUCGCUGGGCCACGCAUGGAGAGCCCAGUUCUCUCAACAGCCACCCUCAACGAUCCGACAAGAACAACGAGUUUGUUGUCAUCCACAACGGCAUUAUCACAAAUUACAAGGAGCUGAAAAAGUACCUGGUUUCCAAAGGCUAUGAGUUUGAGUCGGACACAGACACAGAGGUCAUCCCUAAGUUGAUCAAGUAUCUCUAUGACAACCGCGAGAACGAUUAUGUGUCCUUCUCCACCCUAGUGGAGCGCGUCAUUCAGCAGCUGGAAGGGGCAUUCGCUCUGGUUUUCAAAAGCAUUCAUUUCCCAGGAGAGGCCAUUGCCACCAGGAGAGGCAGCCCGCUGCUCAUUGGUGUGCGCAGUCAGUAUGAGCUUUCUACCGAGCAGAUCCCUGUCCAGUACAACUGUGGUGAUUCCAGGAAAGAUGAACGGGAGAAAAACUUACUGAACCAAGAAGGCAGCACCAAUGCCUUGCACUCAGUCCACAAACGAUUGGCGGUGGAGUUUUACUUUGCUUCUGAUGCUAGUGCAAUCAUUGAGCACACCAACAAGGUGAUUUAUCUGGAGGACGAUGACGUCGCCGUGGUGGUGGAGGGGAAGUUGUCUGUGCACCGUGUUAAGCGUAGAGCAGGGGAAGACCAUGUCCGUGUCAUUCAGACCCUACAGAUGGAGCUCCAGCAGAUCAUGAAAGGUAACUUCAAGGCUUUCAUGCAGAAGGAGAUCUUUGAGCAGCCUGAAUCUGUCUAUAACACCAUGAGAGGCAGAAUCUGCUUUGACAGCAACAUAGUUCUUCUUGGUGGCCUGUCCGACCAUCUGAAGGAGAUCAAGAGAUGCAGACGCUUGAUCAUGAUUGGCUGUGGAACCAGUUACCAUGCGGGAGUGGCAACACGUCAGAUCCUUGAGGAGUUGACUGAGCUUCCUGUUAUGGUCGAGUUGGCCAGUGAUUUCCUAGACCGCAUCACGCCAGUUUUCAGAGACGACGUCUGUUUUUUCAUCAGCCAGUCGGGUGAGACAGCGGACACUCUGAUGGCGCUACGCUACUGUAAGCAGCGCGGGGCUCUGACUGUGGGCGUCACCAACACUGUGGGUAGCUCCAUCUGCAGGGAGACCGACUGUGGAGUUCACAUCAAUGCUGGGCCUGAGGUUGGAGUCGCCAGCACUAAGGCUUACACCAGUCAGUUUGUGUCUCUGAUCAUGUUUGGCCUUAUGAUGAGUGAAGACAGGCUCUCAAUGCAGAAGAGAAGACUGGAGAUCAUCAACGGCCUCAAAAAACUGCCAGAGUUGAUCAAGGAGGUUCUGGCUGUUGAUGACGUUAUCAAAAGCCUUGCAGAUGAGCUCCACCAUCAGAAGUCUCUUUUGGUCAUGGGUCGAGGCUACAACUAUGCCACCUGCCUAGAGGGGGCGCUGAAAAUCAAAGAGAUCACGUACAUGCACUCAGAGGGCAUUAUGGCUGGAGAGUUGAAGCACGGCCCUUUGGCGUUGAUCGACAAACAUAUGCCAGUCAUCAUGAUCAUUAUGAAGGAUGCCUGCUACCAAAAGUGCCAAAAUGCCUUGCAGCAGGUCACGGCUAGACAGGGCCGCCCCAUCAUCAUAUGCUGCCAAGAUGACCCAGAGAUCAGUAAAAUGGCAUAUAAGACUAUUGAACUUCCUCAAACGGUGGACUGUCUGCAGGGCAUCCUCAGUGUCAUUCCACUGCAGCUCAUGUCUUUCCAUCUGGCUGUUCUCAGAGGAUAUGAUGUGGACUGCCCAAGGAAUCUGGCCAAAUCUGUGACAGUGGAGUAGCUCCUUACGGGAAAUGUGAACUAAUCAAGGUAGAAGAGGAGAAUACUGACCACCAAAGUGCAAUUACCAUUGUGUGUGUUUAUGUGUGUUUGCAACUGUAUGAAUGUAGAAGUGUGGGUAUUUAUGAAUUAUGAUCAAAUCCCUAAAGGCCACAAAACCUGAAUGGAUCCAUUGGGGGGGGGGGGUAUUUUAUUCUUGUAAGAUAGUGAUACGUAAUACUUUUUGCUCCAUAAGUGCCUCAGCAUCCAAGUGCAAAUGAAGGGAACCCCUAAACUGUGCCUUCUCUCAGCUCUUAACUGAGGAUCACAACUAAGUCAAAUGUUUACUUCUGACAAACCAAAGUGCAAUACUUUAAUCUGCACAAUGUCUAAGAAACGUGCCACCAAUCGCAGGAACUAAAGAUCUUCGUUAUGUUGAGUGGAUAAGGAAGUGAUGAGUAGAUUUGGAAGUGCAUGAAUGUUCAAUCCAAGUAUGAAUCGUUUUUAAAUGAAGUAUCACGUUCAAUGAUAGGAAACACUAUUUGUCAUUAUCGUUAUUACAUUGCACACAUUCUCUGUGAUACAGAUAUGAUGAUAGCAACAAGUGUUUAUUACAUGAACUGACAAACAGCAUUCAAUCGCUUUAGAGAAAAAAAAAAAAAUAUAAAUAACUGGGUUCCACUGGAAGAUUUACUGUACUGUUUGCGUUUACUUUGACUGUGAAGCACUCAUUGUGGGAACAAUCAUUGUGUUAUUAGACAUGCAUUUUAUGUUUUUUUUAUGAAUGAUUUCAGUGAUUUUUAUAUGAUCUAUAUAUGUUGUGCCGAAAUGAGAUUUCAAACCCUUUUUCUUUUGUAGUUAGUUUCUUGUUUUGUUUUCUUUUCAUGUUUGUGGUUAGUUUCAAAGAUGGUUUAAACACCAUUUUCCUGGUAUACAGAGUUGUCAUAUACAUCAAUUUUAAAUCAGUUUUAUAUUUUUAAAGUUAUGGGUUGAGUGUUGUAACAUGAAGAGCAGCUGUGAAAAAAAAAAAAGGGGAUUUAUAUUUCAAUGAUCACUAAUCAUAAAUCAAAUAAUUAAAUAAAUAAAAUGAACAGCAACAGUGUCAGUUA